AUGGAUAUCAAAACGCCCAUAAACCCUGGUGGUACCAAGACGUUUACUGAAGACGUGUUGAAAAUCGAGCGAUGCGGACCAGAGGAAGAUUACCUGACGGUCAUCGACAUACCCGGCAUCUUUCGCAUCACUACCCAGGGUAUUACCACAGAUCAAGACCGUCUGCUAGUCGAAAGAAUGGUCAACAACUACAUUCGCGACAGUCGCACGGUUAUCUUGGCUGUUCUUCCAUGUAACGUCGAUAUUGCCACUCAGGAAAUUCUGGCAUUUGCUGAAAAAGCCGACCCAAGCGGUAAGUGCACCUUCGGGAUUCUGACUAAGCCGGAUCUUCUCGAAGAACGCAGUGUGAAGUCUGUCGUCUGCGACUUGGUCAUGGGCAAACGACGGCCUCUUACCCUGGGGUAUUAUGUCGUUAGAAGCCGUGGUGGCGACGAGGAAGAUUCAAAUGGGGAUAUUGACCUGCUACAUGGUGUAGACAUGUUCAGAGAGGAGCCCUGGACGUCUCUGUCGAGUAAUAAAGCUGGAGUCAAUCCUCUUCGAGCGUGUUUACUGGAGCUUCUUGAAGAGCUGGCGAAUCUUGGUCCGCCACGUCAGACAGAACGACAGCAGCAGCAGUUUCUGGUCAGCGUUUCGAGCAAGUUCCAAACUAUUGUGAGAGCAGCAUCGGAUGCCGACUACUCGACACAUGAAUCAUUCGCGGAUGAUGACUUACGUCUCAUUACAAAGGUCGUCAACACUACGGAAGACUUUUCCCACGACUUUGAAGCUUGUGCACACACUUACUCUUUCGAAGGCGAACUGUCGAAGUCUUUGCAGCCGAUGCCCUCCCCACCUUUGUUUUCCGGCGGUGAGGAAGAUGCUCGAGAAGAAGAAGCAAGGGUUAGCAAGAAAUCAUACAACAUAUUUGAUCUGGACUUGUACCCGGAUCUAGAGGGCUUACUCAGCCAAGGCUACACUUCUCACCAGCCAGCUCAGGUGGCCAGAAAGCGAUUCGUUGACAACGUCUACCAUCAGGCCGUGGACCUCUGCUUGCUUUCAGGCCCAUCAAAUCCUCUGGGACUUUUUUGUGAACAGUGGGUGCUUGAUCUGAGUGACGAGAGGUUACGGUCGAUUGCUGGCGAGACUCGUGUUAUUCAGGAGAAACGUCAAAACCUGCAAACAGCGCUGCAAGACUUGGCACAAGCUCUGGAGAUUCUAGGUUGA